AUGGCCGACAUGAAGACCGGCAUCUUCGCCAAAAACGUCCAGAAACGCCUCAACCGCGCCCAGGAGAAGGUUCUUCAAAAACUAGGAAAAGCAGAUGAAACUAAAGAUGAACAGUUCGAAGAAUAUGUUCAAAAUUUCAAACGGCAAGAGGCAGAGGGUUCCAGACUCCAGAGAGAACUGAGAGGGUAUUUAGCAGCCAUUAAAGGAAUGCAAGAUGCCUCAAAGAAGCUUACAGAGUCUCUCCAUGAAGUAUAUGAGCCAGACUGGUAUGGACGUGAAGAUGUGAAAAUGAUUGGGGAGAAAUGUGAUGAACUUUGGGAAGACUUCCAUCAAAAACUGGUGGAUGGGUCAUUAUUAACGCUGGAUACAUAUCUAGGACAAUUUCCUGAUAUCAAAACUCGCAUUGCAAAACGAAGCAGAAAGCUAGUGGACUACGACAGUGCAAGGCAUCAUCUAGAAGCCCUGCAGAGCUCAAAAAGAAAAGAUGAGGGCAGAAUCACCAAGGCAGAAGAAGAAUUUCAAAAAGCACAGAAGGUAUUUGAAGAGUUUAACACUGACUUGCAAGAAGAGUUGCCAUCUCUGUGGUCACGACGAAUUGGCUUCUAUGUGAACACCUUCAAAAAUGUAUCCAGCCUUGAAGCCAAGUUUCACAAGGAAAUAGCUUUAUUAUGUCACAAACUGUACGAAGUGAUGACAAAGCUGGGGGAUCAGCAUGCAGACAAGGCCUUCACCAUUCAAGGGGCGCCAAGUGAUUCAGGUCCACUCCGCUUUGCAAAAACACCAUCACCACCAGAGGAGGUCUCUCCCCUACCUAGCCCUACUGCUAGUCCCAAUCAUAUGCUGGCACCAGCAUCUCCAGCACCAGCCCGACCUAAGUCACCCACACAGCUGAGGAAAGGCCCACCAGUCCCACCACUGCCUAAACUCACACCCACGAAGGAGUUGCAACAGGAGAACAUCAUUAACUUAUUUGAAGACAACUUUGUCCCAGAAAUCAAUGUGACAACCCCAUCACAGAAUGAAGUACCUGAAGCUAAGAAAGAGGAAUCAUUACUGGAUUUGGACUUUGACCCUUUCAAGCCAGAAGCUGUAUCAACAGGAGUUAGUCAUUCACCCAUGUCUCAGACAUUGCCAUGGGAUCUGUGGACGACAAGCAGCGAAUUGGUGCAGCCGGCAUCCACCAUAGCAUUUAAUGGAUUUGCACAGGAUAUCUCUGCAUUUACAGUGCAAUCAAAUGAGAAUGUGGAAGAGCCUUUGGCUGAGGCUGAAGAAACUCCACCUGGGGAACCUAAGGUUGAGGAAACCCCUGCUGCUGCUGCUGCUGCUGUCGUGGAAAAGGAGACUGUCCCUGCUGAGCCAGCAGAGCCAGCUAUGCAGUCAGCUGAGAGUGUCGAGGCAGGAGAUAAGGAGACAACUGGAGUUGCUGAGAAGGAAAGAGAGGUGGUACCUGUUGGUGAGAGGACUGCGGCAUUAGAAGACAGUGCAGCUGUGGCAGCCGGAACUGCCACCACUGAGCAGGAGGGUGUUGCUGAAGGUGAAAAACCUCAGGGAGAAGAAAAAGAGACUGAUACGUCUCAGGAAAAGGUCAGCAGCAUCCCUUCAGUAGUAAUAGAGCCAGCAUCAAACAACGAGGGGGAGGGAGAAGAACACGAAGUCAUCAUGAAUGAGUCCAAAGAUGUCACAACAGAGAUGGGAGCUCAGAUCACUGACACUUCUCUCAGUGAAGCUUCUCAAACUGGAAAUGAUCAGAAACCUGCUGAAGAAAUCCAGGCUGUACUUUCUCAGGAUCAGCCUCUUCCAGCAGAAGAUGCAGCUUCAGCAGUGCCACCUGGUUUUCUCUAUAAGGUUGAAGUUCUUCAUGAUUUUGAGGCAGCUAACAGUGAUGAGCUUAAUUUAAAACGAGGAGAUAUUGUGCUAGUGAUUCCUUCUGAGACCACAGCUGAUCAGGAGGCUGGCUGGUUGACUGGCAUUAAGGAAUCUGAGUGGCUUCAGUACAGAGAUGCAAAUAGCUAUAAAGGACUUUUCCCAGAGAACUUCACACGCCAUCUGGAGUAG